CGAGCGCGGACGGCCGAGCAGGAGUGGGAGGGCCGGGCGGGUGGCCAGGCGAGCCAACACCGGGCGGGGUUGCCGGCUGCUUUUGCUGCCUUUUCCGAGCGGGGCGGGGGGCAUCAAGCGCCUGGCACGGGCGAUCCUGCCCGGCGCGGCCCCCGUUGAAGCAGUGGCCCCGGGCAGCGCCGGCCUCGCCGCGUGUGGAUGCGGUCCCGGGCGCCGGCGGGCGGCCGAAGCUGAGCGGCCGCCGAGGAAGAUGGAGUGCGCGCUGGACGCCCAGAGCCUCAUCAGCCUCUCGCUGCGCAAGAUCCACAUGUCGCGCACGCAGCGCGGCGGCCUCAAGCUGCACAAGAACCUGCUGGUCUCCUACGUGCUCCGCAACGCCCGGCAGCUCUACCUGAGCGAGCGCUACGCCGAGCUCUACCGCCGCCAGAGCAGCGCCCUGCCCGGCCAGCCGCCGCACCCGCUCUACCUCGACGGAGCCGUCGGCGCCCUGCCCUUGGCCCCUGCGCCCACCGUCUGCGCUCCCCCGCCGCUGGGCGAGCUGGCCGGCGCGGACUUCCAGACCCUGCCCGCCUCCGGACCCGAGGGCCUCCAGCUGCGGAGCUGCGCCCUGGCCAGGCCGGACUCGCCGUCGAUGCUGCUCCUGCCGGCGCCGCCACCACCGCCGACGACGCCCGCCGACGACGCUUUGGGAUUGCCCGGCGCGGCGGCCGUGUGCCGGGACUCGCCGCUGCCCUUCUACCCGCCGCGGGGCUACCCCGGGUCGAGCUCCGGCGGAGGAGGCAGCGGAGGCGUCGGGACGGAGUUCGCGCCCUCGGGGAUCCCGCCGUCGGGCCCCGCGGCGCACUGCUCGAGCCGCACCACCGUGCUGGAUCUGGACACGCACGUGGUGACCACGGUGGAGAACGGCUACCUGCACCAGGACUGCUGCUGCGCGCCCUGCCCGCCAGGCGGCCUCGUCCCCGCCGUCGUGGCCUCCGCUGCCAGCUGCUGCCCGCCGCCGCCGCCGCUGCCUCCGCCCAGCCCGGGCGCCAAACGCAAGUACGAGCCGGCGGGCGUCGCUGGGGAUCCGCCGCUGUUGCCGCCUCCCGGUGCGCCUUCGCCCUUCGCCUCCUGUGCCAAGCGCGCCCGCUUCGAAGGCUUCCCCACCGCCGCUGGACAGGCGCCCUCGCCUUCCUCCUCUUCCUCCUCCUGCUCCCAUCCGUCCUCCUCCUCCUCCUCGCCGGAUGCUUCCAACAUCUCCAGCCUGAUCUCCAUCUUCGGCUCCAGCUUCAGCGGCUUGGUGAGCCGGCCGCCCCCACCGGCGCCGCCGUCGGACUCGGAGCAGCUCUCCAGCGGACAGUUGUGCGGCAAACAGGCGCUGGCCAGCUUGGGGGCUUGGACGCGGGCCAUCGUGGCCUUUUGAGAGCGGCCGGGGUCGGCUUUUGCGGGGCUCUCCCCGCCGCUCGGCCCCUUUUUGGACGGGGGUGUGUGUGUGUGUG